GAUCCCAUGUCAGGGUAUAUGUAUUGGACUGAUUGGGGUUCAAAGGCUAAAAUAGAGCGAGCUGGUAUGGACGGCAGUGAGCGUAAAAUAUUGUUUAAAGAUAAUCUAACAUGGCCGAAUGGAUUAGCAAUAGAUUAUAAUAAUGAAAGAUUAUAUUGGACGGAUGCCAGUAUGAAAACUAUUGAAUCUAGUACACUGACAGGACGAGAUAGAAAGUAUGUGAUAGAGUUAGGUCUAGAUCACCCAUUUGGUUUGGCGAUACACGGUGAUUAUAUGUACUGGACAGACUGGAUAACAGAGAGUAUACAUUACGCUAAUAAAAAGACUGGACGUGAGAGAGGUGUAUUACUGUCGGAUCUCGGACAUUUGAUGGAUAUUCAUGUUUAUCAUCAAAACAGGGAGGAGAUUCCUACUACAUGCAGUGAAAAUAAUGGUGGAUGCAGCCAUCUUUGUUUAGUUGCUCCAUUACCCACAAGUCAUAGCUGUGCGUGUCCGACUGGAAUCCUGUUAAAAUCAGAUAAUAAAACAUGUGAAGAAGAGAUGCAGCAUUUUCUGAUAUUUGCUAGAAGAGCUGAUAUAAGGAAGUUAUCACUGGAUGUUCCGUACUAUGCAGAUGUGGUUAUACCAGUAGGAGAGUUAACUAACUCUAUAGCUAUUGAUGUUGAUAAAGCAGAAGGAAAAGUUUACUGGACUGAUACUUUAUCAGAUACGAUAUCACGAUCAAAUUUAGACGGAUCACGGCGAGAACAUGUGUUAAAGCAUGGGUUACAGACGGCAGAUGGACUGGCCGUGGAUUCGGUAGGGAGAAAGAUAUACUGGACAGACGCCGGUCAUAAACGAAUAGAAGUUGCUUGUCUAGAUGGAGAUAUGAGGAAAGUUUUAUUCUGGGAAGAUUUAGAUCGACCACGAGCUAUAGCUUUACAUUAUCAUGCUGGAUAUAUGUUUUGGACUGAUUGGGGUAAAAAUCCUUCCAUACAGCGAGCAGACAUGGAUGGUGGAAAUAGAAAAAUCUUAAUCUCCGAUCAAAUGGUUUGGCCAAAUGGACUUGCAGUUGAUUAUGCAAACUCAAGAAUUAUCUGGGGUGAUGCAAAAACAGAGGUGAUUGAGUGUUCAGAUCUACAUGGAAAUUAUCGCCGAGUUCUCGUAGCAAAAGUUGCUCAUCCUUAUGGACUGGCCGUCUCCGGGAAUUGGAUCUACUGGACAGACUGGAGGGCCAUGUCUAUUAAUCGAGCCAAUAAAAACACAGGAAAGAACAUCAGUAUUAUAAGAGAAAAUUUAGUCGGAAUUAUGGAUAUCCAUGCAGUCAAUAUGAAACAUGUUGAAACGUAUAUAAAUCGCUGUGGUAACAACAAUGGUGGAUGUAGCCAUCUUUGUUUGCCACGACCUCAAGGUUAUUCAUGUGCCUGUCCGACUGGUCUUGUUCUACUCGAUGACAAGAAAACAUGUCCUCACAUGCCAAGUGAAUAUUUAUUAUUUGCUAGUCGUGCCAAUAUACGCUAUAUCUCCAUGGAUACCGAUGACAGGUCGGACGUCUAUUUACCUAUCAACGACCUUCACAAUGUCAUUGCCCUUGAUUACGAUUAUAAAGACAAUAAAGUUUAUUAUACUGAUGUAUAUUUAGAUGUUAUCAGACGAGCUGAUCUAAAUGGUAGUAAUGUAGAAACGGUCAUAGAGAAACAACUUUCUACCACAGAUGGACUCGCUGUUGAUUGGAUCGCUAAAAAUAUUUACUGGACUGAUACAGGACGUGAUGUGAUAGAAGUAGCCAGAACAGAUGGAUCAUGUAGAAGAACUCUGAUAUCAUCAGGUCUAGAUGAACCUCGAGCUAUUGCUCUCUUUCCUAAAAAAGGUUUGAUGUUUUGGACAGAUUGGGGAGUUCACCCUAAAAUAGAAAAAGCGUAUUUAACUGGUUCCUCACGUCGAGUUAUAGUUAAUGAUGAUAAUCUUGGUUUUCCGAAUGGUUUAUCAAUAGACUAUGAGAUGAAGCGUUUAUACUGGGUAGAUGCUAAACUUGAUAAAAUAGAAACCUCAGAUUUAAAUGGUAGAAAUCGUGUGACAUUGAUAAAUAAAGUUCCUCAUCCAUUUGGUUUAACUGUGUAUGGGAAGUAUAUUUACUGGACAGAUUGGCAGACAGAGAGAAUAGAAAGAGCUGACAAAGAUACUGGCACUAAUCGUCAUCUUGUACAGUCAAAUCUUGAAGGUUUGAUGGACAUCCAUCUUGUUUCAGCUGACAGACAAGGAGGUAUUAAUCAAUGUGGUAAUAACAAUGGAGGGUGUACACAUCUAUGUUUAGCUUUACCUAAUGAUUUUGUCUGUGAAUGUCCAAAUGAACCUGACAAUCGACCUUGUCUUAGAUUUCCUCUAGGAGAUGGACUGUCAGGAGGUAUCGCUAAUAUUGAUAUUAAUUCUGGUAAUAGUAAAAAUAGAUGUAGUGAUGAAGAUGCCAAGAAAGGUUUAUGUCAAAAAGCAAUUCAAAAUAAUUCUAAAUUACAUGGAUGGUAUUUAGCGCUACUCGUCAUAACUAUUUUAAUAUUACUUGGUUUUAUAAUCUUCUUUAUUGUAUGGAAACGUAGACAAAGAAGACGACGGUAUAAUGUUGACGUAUUUUCAACUUUAACCUACGCAAAUCCUAAUUAUCAAAAAACAAGUACAGAAACAAUCAAUUCAGAUUCAAGAUCUUUACGUGGAUGGCAACUCUUCCGCUAUAAUAAAAGUGAGGAGAGAAUUAUUGUUAUACCAGCUGAUUCAGAUUCAGCCAAUCAACAUCCAGAGACAACAGCUUUAGUUCAUCAGAUGGAGACCAGCAUAUCUCCGCAAGCGUCGCAUCAUGCUGAAACACGCAGUAUAACCCGAAAUAUCUUUAAAAAUAACCCACGCUACACAGAAACAUUACCCAAUGUUCCAUACCAACCAGUUGAUACUUGAUUAUUUUUAUUAUGCGAUUUAUGCGUGAUUGUUUUUUUAUCCCUCCGCAAUUUGUGCUAAACAAUGAAAAAUGUGUCAGUAGACUUUUGUGUGUCCAUAAUUUGGAACAGUAGAGAAGUACCAAAGAGUUGUCUAACCUUUGACAAUCAUGGAGUCAAAUGGAUGUACUAUUGUUCCUAUGACGUCUCUGUGUUGAUCUGAGAUGUGGGAUGAAAGUGAAUUGAAAACAAUGAAAUCCAUCUUCCAGAAAAGCUAAGUUAAAAAACUCCUGUGAAUUGAUGACCUUUUCGUCACUGGAAAACAAGUUGAAGUAGGCCUUCUGGUCAAUGCAGAAUGUGUUAAGAGUGUCGUCAUGGAAACAGUUGUAUUAAAUGUAAGGGCAUGAUGGAGACACACCUCAAACUUUAUUAUUAGCGUUUCAAAUUUAAUGUGAAUUAAUAAUUAAUAUUACUACUUAUUAAUUAACUUGACAUAUAUGGGACAGUGAUGUUAAUGACCGAACCUAAUUUACUGCGAGUCCAGAUUACUGUGUUCGCUAGGGGAUCAAAUCUCUGUUUGAUAUGAUACAGUUGUUAUUAGUGAAGAAGGCAGCAGUACAGGAAUAUGUGUAGAAACUUUGUAAAUAUAUAAACCUAACCAUAUUCUUUAGAAAAGUUGUGAUCAUCUUACAAACUAAAAAUUUACAUUGUCAAUCUAUGUGCCAUGUUUAUUAAAUUUAGAUCUGUUUCACAAAAUUUGGAAAAACAUUGAUUUGUUUCUAUAGAAACUUUGUGAUUGGAACAUUACUAACAUACUAUUCAACAUUUUAAAUCUACAAUUAAUUCUGAGAAAAUGGGAAAAGGGUUUCCAGAACCAUGGAUUAAGUCAAGUUUCUUUUGCGAAGUUUUAGCUAGACUCAUGGUCGGACACUUUGCGAAGUUUUAGCUGGGCUCAUGGCCGGAGUCUUUAGAUAAAUCAAAGAGUUUUCCAAAACCAAAGAUCUAUUGAAUUGUUUUUGCGAAGUUUUAGCUACUCAUGGCUGAACAAAUAAAUCAGAAUAGUUUUUUGGCACCAAAGAUUGAUUGAAUUUGUUUUUUGCCAAGUUUUAUAUAGGCUCAUGGCCGGUCACUUCAGAUAAAUUAAAAGGGAAGGAGGGUUAAUGAGAGAGAAUGAGGGGAGCUAUUACUGUGAUAAUUAUAAAUGUCUUCAUUAUUGUGAAUUAACUAUUCUUAUUGUAAAGCUGCUGCUGUUGUUAACUUCACCUAUCUAUGUGUUUAUGAAGGCUGUUGCGGUUAAGUACAACUAUGAUUUAAUAAACAGAUUAUACUUCAGACUGUAAACUAUGAUUUUAGAAAUAGAUUAUAAUUCAGACUAUAAACUGUGAUUUUAGAAAUAGAUUAUAAUUCAGAUUAAACUAUGAUUUUAGAAAUAGAUUAUAAUUCAGACUGUAAACUAUGAUUUAAGAAAUAGCUUAUAAUUCAGACUAUAUAAUAUAAUUUUAAAAAUAGAUUAUAAUUCAGACUUUGAACUAUUGUUACUGCAGAUUUCAGAAAUAGAUGUUACCUCAGACCAUAAACUAUAAGUUUAGAAAUAGAUUAUACUUCAGACCAUAAACUCUGAUUAUACUUCAGACUAUGAAUGAUUAAUGGAAUUUAGAUUGAAAUACUGCCAGAUAUUAUUUGUGUAUAUAUUUAUUUUAUGUAUUCUAGUAUAUUAAUUUACCAUAUUAAAUUACAAUAUGAUAUUAAAAUGUUAUAUAUGUCUAUUUGUCUUCUGAUUGCAACAGUGAACAGGCCCAUGUGUAUGCAUUAAACUUACUUAAGAUUUUGUUUUGUUUAGAUAUCUGUUUAAAUUAGGGUUGCCAAUUACAUUAUUGUGAAAGAUGCCUUUCUAGCAGGAAUAGUCAUCCAAAAAUAAUUCAAACCCUUUCAAUACUUACAACAAUAUGAUAAAUUGAAAAUAUUCUCUUCCAUAUCACUGGCUGAAAAAUGUUUGUAUGUAUUAAAAUUAUUUGAAGUUUAUUUAAAUUUUGUCUGCAAUUGCUAGAACUCUUUGGAUGAAAUGUUUUUAUUAACUUGAUAAAAAGAAUCAAAUUUGACUGCAAUUGCUAGAAUCUUGGAAUGAAAUGAUUUUAUUCACUUGAUAAAAAGAUUGCUAGAAUCUAAAACAUCUUCACAAACCUAUAGGUAUUUAAUCACUGUUAUCUUUUGUGCUUAUAAAUCUGUGUUCAUUUCGUUCAAAAAUAAAUAUGGCACAUGAAAUGAUUUCUGACAUUAUUACCUUUAUUGUUAUUUUAAUAAUGUAUUUUAGGAUUUUUUAAUCCAUUUUAUUGGCGCCAGGGAGUAAAAUAUGUAUGCCACUCUUACUUCGACUAAAGUUUGUUUGAAGUUUUACUUACUUUAUCUUCUCCUUUGACAAUAUUAACAUGACUGCUUCUCGAAGUGGGUAUGCUUGAGGUCUUAAGAUCUGACAUUGACUCUAGUGAUGUGGUUUCUAUUCCUAGGCUUCACUUUCCUUACACUGCUAAAGACUUGUAUUAAAACCUGUACCAUAUAUUAGUUAUGAAAUGUUCUAGGUUUUGUUGAGUGGACAACACACCCUCUCUCUGUCCCGUUCUCUCUCACGAAAUGAUCUUUUAAUAAUCAGAGAAAAAAAUUUAAAGCUAAAUCUGUAGUUAAAGUAAGAGUGUCAUGUAUUACCUUUAGAGCUGUUACUCUUUUAUUUAAUAAGAUUUUUUUUAAAUUUUGAAUUAAAGUUUUUAUUAAUCAACAAGAUAAACUACCUCUGACAACUAAAAGUCAACAUACAGACAAACACAUUAAAAAUGGCGAUUUUUACACUCAGAGAUGUUUAUUUAUAAAGACAUUAAAUAUUGUAUAUAAACUAGACAACUGAUAGCAUGGUACAUUAUAUACUAAAGCCAAUACUACGAUGAUACUACAAUAAGAUCCCACUCAUUACUGUACAGUAGGAUCCCACUCACUACUGUACAUCACUGAUGGUAUUACAAUUGCACGCUUACUCGCUACUGUACACCAUUGAUGGUACUACAGUAGAAUCACACUCACUACUGGACAUCACUGAUGGUACUACAUUAGGAUCCCACCCAUUACUGUAUAUCACUGAUGGUACUACAUUAGGAUCCCACUCAUUACUGUAUAUCACUGAUGGUACUACAGUAGAAUCCCACUCACUACUGUACAUCACUGAUGGUAUUACAAUAGGAAACACACUCACUACUGUAUAUCACCGAUGGUAGUACAGUAAGAUGCUACCCACUACUCACAUUACUGAUGGUAUAACAGUAGGACUGUGUAUAAUCGAUGUAAGAACUAGUUAUUCUAAUUGUAUAUAAACUAUAUGUUGUGUAACUAAAUGGUGCUAUGAUAUUUCAAUAUAUCAACUAAUUUGCUUUAAAUAAAAUAUAUGUUUGUCAUGUUAUUAUUGUUACUGUAUGGUGUGUUAUAUAGGGCAGUAAAUCGAAAAGGGCACUGCGCCAGAAAUAGAGAAUUCGUCUUUAUUAUUGAAUGUUUUUUUUUGCAAAUAUUUUAGCUAAUGGUUUAGAUACUUAACACAGUCAAAUAUUUUAUCAUUUCCACAGGAUUACUUCCCCUUAAUAUUAGUUUCUCAGCAAGAUUUUUUCCCUUAAUAUUGAUUUCUCAGUAAGAUUGCUUCCCCUUACUACGUAUUUUACAUCAAAAUAACUUCCCCGUAAUACUGACUUAUUGUUUCCGACAGAGGUUUAUUUAAAGAAAGUAUUAGAAUACUCUCGUCGCAACGUAAUGUGUUUGCUGGGAUACACUGUGUUCCCUGUAUAAAUAAAUAUAUCCUCUGAUGUAACUAUAAUGUACAUAAUAUGUCCUAUAUUAUAAAAUGUCGUCAAUAUUGUAUAUAAACUACUGUAUUAUAUUAUAAAACAGCAUGAUAUACAAUAAAACAAUAUAACAUACAA